AUGGUCUGGAGACCAGUCGUACCUGACUGCACCCCAGUCGUUCAUGUCCACCGCAGCCGUGAGCAGGUCUCGAUCAAGCAACCUGCGAACAGUAGCUUUAUUGUGGACUUUCAUCGGUCCCUGUGGUCGCAGAAGAAAGAAAGUAGCGGUCAGGUGACUCAGAUGUUCGAAUCACCGCGUGUUCGAGCCACGCGCGAACCUCAUUGCGUCGAAGAGUGUACCUGGACUCUUUCUACUUCCAACGUCGACGAGCCCCACGUCUUCAUCCCCGACCCGACCCGCUUUGUCUCAGAAGUCACCGGCGUUAGGCCACCGACGCACUUUGCAAUGUUCACCACAAACGCCCGUCUUCAAGCCCAUAUCCCACCUCCCGCAUCCAAGCGCCACCCUCUCGCCGACGCCCAACCGACCGACAAAUACCACCUUCAAGCCGCCACGACGCGCGAUAAACGCCUCCCCGAAGCGCCGGCCGCGGCCGCGCCCCGCGAUCCCCCUGUCCCCAGCAAAGCACCCAAGGUUCCGCCUCCAACUCCUCCCAAAACUAUCGUCGAUCGUUACACUGGCGGCCGCUACCGUCGCAUUGGGUUCUUAGGAGAGGGCGGUUUCGCGCGCGUGUACGAGGUCGCAAAUGACCAUGACACUCGACUUGCGUGCAAGGUUGUUGCGAAAGAAUCACUCAAGACUAAGAAAGCCAAGACCAAGCUCUACGCGGAAAUAAAGAUCCACAAGUCUUUGCAACAUCCGAACAUCGUUGGCUUCACGGACUGUUUUGAAGACGAUGUGAACGUGUACAUGACGCUUGAGCUCUGCACGAACGGCUCGCUCAUGGACAUGCUCCGCGCACGCAGACGCGUCUCCGAACCCGAGACACGCGUGUUCCUCAUCCAGCUCAUUGGCGCGUGCCACUACAUGCACAAUCACCAGGUCAUCCAUCGUGACCUGAAGCUCGGAAACCUCUUCCUCGAUGCGGACAUGAACGUUCAAGUCGGCGACUUCGGUCUCGCCGCUCUCAUUGAGACUCCGGGAGAGCGGAAGAAAACUAUUUGCGGUACCCCCAACUACAUUGCGCCCGAGGUGCUCUUCGACCAGGAGGCCGGUCACUCCUUCGAGGUUGAUAUCUGGAGUACGGGUGUCAUCCUUUACACGCUCCUUAUCGGUCGACCACCUUUCCAGACGAAGGAUGUCAAGGCGAUCUACGAACGCAUUCGCGAGAACGCCUACGAGUUCCCCGCUGAGCGCCCUAUUAGCACGGACGCUCGCCAGCUCAUCCAAGCAUUCCUCACCAAGGACCCAAAGCAGCGCCCGUCUCUUGAGGAGGUCAUUGCCUCACCAUUCUUCACUCGAGGGAUCGUCCCCGCAGCUGUCCCUCAGUCCGCUCGCGAGGUGGAGCCAGAUUUCUCUGCUCUCACCAAGCCGAUCAGCCGUGCAAACUUGGCUCGUCUGCGUCGCGCGGCAGGACUGGACGACAUGCCUAUGCCCGACAGCCAGUACAGCGCGCCGGCGAACACCCAGGACAGUGUGGCGACGAGCCAGAGCCGCGCACAGGCAGAGCGGGAGUUUCAGAAGGCGAUCCAGCCCGGCUCGCCCAUCAGCGCUUUGCUGUCUUCCGCUCGCCAGCCUCUACAAGUCGCACCCAUGGGCUCGCAGCGCGAAGAGCCUUUACUGCGUCGCCUACAGGCCGCGCGCGCAGAUCCGAAGAGCCCAUUGGGAAAGCGUCCAUACAACGCGCAGCAUGUACUGGAAGACGCCGAGCACGAAGAUGAGAAGGCCGAGCGUGAGCGUGAGCGCGCUCAGAUGAGCCAGAAGGCACGGAUUGUGGCGCAGAUGGCUCCUGCUGCUGCCGGCGCCCGUGACGAUGACGAGAACGUGCCGCCUGCGGUCGAUAGACGACCGGUCGCGAAGGAGCGUGUCGUCCGCCAGCCGGCCAAGCACGAGCGUACCGAGAGUGCCGCGAGUCAGGCAUCGAACGUUCAUACGGUCCACGCACCAAGAUCACAACUGUCUGGGUUCGAGGGCGCACGCGAAACACUUCUCUCCGCCUUCGACGCUCACGCGCGGGGUAUGGCAUGGCGCGCUGGUGGUGGCCCUGUCGAGCACGAACGCGUCUUCAUCGUCAGCUGGGUCGACUACUGCAACAAGUACGGCAUGGCGUACGCGUUGACGGACGGAAGUGUUGGCGUGCACUUCAAUGAUAGCACGCAUCUCGUCCUCGCGCCUUGCAAGACCCACUUCGACUUCAUCGAGACGAAGGUGCAGGGCGCGCAGUUCAAGCGCAAGAACUACGCGAACUCCCAGUUCCCGAGUGAGCUGAAGAACAAGGUGUACCUCCUCAAGCACUUUGAGAAGUACAUCAUGGAGAAGCUCUGGGGUUCAUACGACUUCACCUUCGACGACCUAGAGCGUACGCGCGGGAUGGAAUUCGUCUCCAUGUACCUCCGGAUGCGGAACGUCAUCAUCUUCCGGUUGUCGAACGGCGCCCUGCAGUUCAACUUCUACGACCACUCGAAGGUCAUCCUCUCCUCCAACGGCCGCGGCAUCACGUACCUCGACAAGAACAACGCCAUCACGCAUACCACUCUUGAAACGGUCUUCGCCCAUGCUCGUCUCGGUGACCUUCCCCGCGACGAGAAUAAGUUCGUGCUGCGCCUGAUCGAGAAGUUGCGCUACGCAAAGGAGUUGCUCCAGAGCAUCCACAACGCCGAUGCGCGCCGGGAACAUGAAGGCGAGGAGGCACCCACGAAGCAAGCGGAUAUGGAGGCGGCGUAUGAGCAGGCGAUGCACCGGCAGGACCGUGAGCGCGCUCAGGACCGGGAUGUGCGCAUGCGCGAUGCGCGUGAAGAGCGGGAGAACCGUGGGCCCAGGCAAGCGUUUGACGGCCAGCCAAUCGGCCAUGGCUACGAGCGCGACGCGGUCGCUGUCAAGGAGCGACCGCGCGUCGUGUCCGGCACAGGCCUUGUUGCUGCUUCGCGUGAGCGCGUCGCAUCGGGCUCGGGAAUCCCAACGGGGAGCACCCGCGCGCGCAUGCAAACGCGCGUUCCCUCUGGGCUACGGUAA